GACUAUUGGCCCAUUAAGUGGCCCAUCCAACUCGAGUACGUGACUAUUGGCCCAUCAAGUGGCCCAUCCAACUCGAGUAUGUGACUAUUGGCCCAUCAAGUGGCCCAUCCAACUCGAGUAUCUAACGGCUCUCUACGUCUUCAAAUUCAAAAUUUGAACGACCCUAUUCGCUUCCCAGCGCCUGCGUUUCCCCUCUCUGACUCUCUCUCCCUCUCUCUCUUCAAUGGCCACCACCAGUAACGGUCCGGGAACCGCCAUCGAUUUCAUCACUACACCCAGUAAAACCCAGACCGGCGCAAAGUCUGCUUCCGGGAAGCGCCAGCGCCAUGACUCUGUGGACGCUUUAAACAAGUCAGCUUCCGAAUUCAAAACGAGAUUCGAGGCCUACAACCGGCUGCAGGCUGCCGCCGUUGCAUUUGGAGAGAAACUCCCAAUACCGGAGAUUGUCGCUAUCGGAGGUCAAUCUGAUGGCAAGAGUUCGCUCCUUGAAGCCCUGCUAGGGUUCAGGUUCAAUGUACGGGAAGUUGAAAUGGGCACACGACGCCCGCUCAUUCUCCAGAUGGUUCAUGAUCCCACUGCUAUGGAGCCCCGAUGCCGCUUUCAGGAAGAGGAUUCUGAAGAAUAUGGGAGUCCUAUUGUAUCAUCUACUGCAAUUGCAGAUUACAUAAAGUUGCGGACUGAAGCACUUUUGAGGAAGACCAGAACUGCAGUUUCUUCUAAGCCUAUUAUUAUGCGAGCAGAAUAUGCACAUUGUCCUAAUCUCACCAUUAUUGAUACUCCAGGCUUUGUUCUCAAGGCAAAGAAGGGCGAACCUGAGAGUACACCGGAUGAAAUUUUGUCAAUGGUGAAGUCCUUAGCUAGUCCGCCACAUCGCAUUCUUGUUUUUCUUCAACAGAGUAGUGUAGAAUGGUGCUCGUCUUUGUGGUUAGAUGCUGUUCGUGAAAUAGAUCCAGCCUUUAGACGAACACUCAUUGUUGUCUCCAAAUUUGAUAACCGUCUCAAGGAGUUCAGCGACCGUUGGGAAGUUGAUCGCUAUUUGAGUGCAAAUGGAUAUCUUGGAGAGAACACUCGGCCAUUUUUUGUUGCCCUGCCUAAAGAGAGAAGCUCAGUUUCUAAUGAAGAGUUCCGGAGGCAAAUUUCUCAGGUAGAUACAGAAGUACUACGUUAUCUACGAGAUGGUGUUAAAGGGGGAUUUGAUGAAGAGAAGUACAAAUCCUACAUAGGGUUUGGAUGCCUCAGAGAUUAUUUAGAAUCUGAACUCCAGAAGAAAUACAAAGAAGCUGCCCCUGCCACAUUGGCGUUACUGGAACAGCGUUGCACCGAAGUCACAGCUGAAUUGAACAGAUUGGACAGCAGAAUACAGGCAACUUCUGAUGUGGCUCAUCUUCGCAGAUCUGCCAUGUUGCAUGCUGCUUCCAUCUGCAGCCAUCUGGAAGCACUUCUUGAGGGAGCAGCAGAUCCAGCACCAGAGCAAUGGGGGAAGACAACAGAAGAGGAAAAAUCGAACAGUGGUAUAGGUGGUUGGCCUGGUGUUACCAGAGAGAUAAAGCCUCCAAACGCUACUCUUCGUCUUUAUGGGGGCGCUGCAUUUGAAAGAGUGGUGCAUGAGUUUCGUUGUGCCACAUAUUCCAUGGAAUGCCCAGUUGUGUCAAGGGAGAAGGUAGCGAAUAUCUUACUUGCCCAUGCUGGAAGGGGUGGAAGUAGAGGAGUUACAGAGGCUGCUGCGGAGAUUGCACGUGCUGCAGCCCAGUCGUGGCUUGCACCUCUUCUUGACACAGCAUGUGAUCGGCUUGCUUUCGUAUUGUCUAAUCUUUUUGAUAUUGCUAUUGAGAGAAAUCAUCAUCAUCAUCAUCAUUUUGGAUAUGGUCAGCUAUAUGGAGAUAUGGACGUGUAUGUUGGUUUUCAUGCUGCUUUGAGGCACUCGUACAACUGCUUUGUAAAGGAUCUUGCCAAGCAAUGCAAACAAGCUGUUCGUCACCAUCUUGACUCAGUUACCAGCCCAUAUUCUCAGGUCUGCUAUGAGAAUGAUGUAUUGGGGAAUUUCAGUUCAGGUAUAAGCACAAAUUAUCAAAUAAAUCGAGUCCCAGCUGGAUCAUUUUGUCUUGAGCUAUCCGACGAAGCGCCUGCCGUGCACAAGGUAAUUAGUAGCAACCAAGAAAACAUGCCGCCAGAGAAAAAUGAAACUACACCAGGAAAAGUGGCUGAAGCUAGAGAAGCUCUUCGAGAAUGUCAGAUGACUGUGCCUGAGACACCAUCACCCGAUCAACCACGUGAUGAGAACUAUGCAGUUAAAAAGGAACUUGGUAAUUGUGUUGAAGUCGGAGCAAGAAAACGCCAGCCUAGAAUUACAGGCAACAACAGGAAUUUGGAUCCUUUUAGGAGCCAAAAUGGUGGUGGUCUUUCACUGGUGAGUGGGGAUUCUGCUUCCCGACCAGGAUCAGCUUACACAGAGAUAUGUUCAUCUACUGCACGUCAUUUUGCUCGAAUUCGUGAAGUUCUGAUUGAGAGGGGGGUGGCAUCAAGUUUAAAUUCUGGCUUUUUGACACCAUGCCGAGAGCGGCUUAUGGUAGCACUUGGAUUGGAUUUGUUUGCUGUGAGUGACGAGAAAUUCAUGGACAUGUUUGUUGUCCCUGGAGCAAUUGAUGCACUUCAGAACGAAAAGCAGGCCCUUCAGAAGCGGCAGAAACUACUGCACUCUUGCUUGAAUGACUUCAAAAAUGUGGCAAGAGCACUUUGAGAGAAACUUCUCACAUAUUACACCAGGAAUGAACCUCAUGAUCAAUGAAUUUUCAUAUCGAAUUCGCUGGGAGAGAUGGGAAUCCUUUGUUUUCACGUCCAGUGAAACCAUCAAGAGAUCUCCCUUCUUACAAGGUAUGAGUUGGCUCAUUUCUUUGUAAGACUUGCAUUACUUUGCCUGACUUGCAAUAUUAGUAGUUUAAUUGGGGGAGGAUGAUAGUUGUAAUAUGUGCAUCAUGCAUGUCAUGCAGUGCUUUUAUUCAUUGAAACUCUAUUCUCUUUUUCCCUGUUGUGAAUAAUAUGUUCCCGAAUCAAUGACCCUAUGGUUCUGAAUAUGUGAGUGAAUGCAGAAGAAAGUUCUUUCCCAGAA